AAUCGCAGCCUUAUUUCGCUUCACCAAUAUCGUAAAGGCAGAAGCGGGCUGGCUGUUAUUGGCGCGUGUUGUCCUCAACAAAAGAAAUACAUCGGCAUGUAACUUUUUACGUACAGUUGCAAUAAAAAAUCCUAUUAACUGUAUAAUCAGUCUAAAAUGCCUUUAUAAAAAAUAGCAUAGUCAGUUAUUUUUUGAUUUAUUUAUUCAAGCAAUUAAUCAGGCAGUGUUGUGUUUUUUCGGGAAUUUGAAAUUUUAAAGAUGGAUGAAGCUUACGCACAUCUUGAAGGAAAUAAUUUGAAGGAUAACAAGAAAGCCCUUCAGCCUCCUGAUGGGGGUUGGGGCUAUGUGGUAUGCAUUGGCGUUGGAUUUACUUUCAUGUUGGGAUUUGGAUCAUCUAACGCCUUCGGGAUCUUAUUUAACAGUUUCUUCAUAGAACAAGAUGGUGCUAGCGGUCUUCCCCUUGUUAUAGGCGUUUAUAACGGAGCAUUAUCUGUAUCAGGAUUUUUGAGCGGGAUUGCCCUCAAGAAAUAUUCAUUUCGACAAGUUGGUUUGGUUGGAGCUGGACUUUUCGUAUUAGGAGAUAUCUUGACUAUAUUCGUCGAAAGGACAUAUCAACUUGUGUUUACAUUUGGAGUUAUAAGAGGUGCAGGAUUCGGUGUAAUGAUACCAGUCAGUUUUACAGCGUUCAACUGUUAUUUUACAAAAAAACGCACAGCCAUGAUGAGUGCCAAUCAAACUAUGAGCAGUAUGGCCUCAAUGACCUUUCCUAUAUUGGUGACUUUCCUACUGUCCGAGUACGGAUUCAGAUGGACCCUCGCAUUGAUAAUGGCUCUGGAUCUCCAUUUGGUGUUUGCGGUGCUAGUUAUGCAUCCAGUUGAAUGGCAUAUGAUAAAAAUACCAGGAUGUCCUGAAAUUGAGCUUUCACCAAAUUGUGAAUCGAAAAGUCCCAAAAAAGUCAAAUUAAAAGGUGAUACCUAUGAUGAAUCCAUAAUAAAAAUGUUACCAGGUGAUGAGAAUAUCGUCGAAGUAAAGACUAAUGCGGGCCAUCACAAGUCUAUUCAAAAAAGCAUAAUGAAAGUAAUAUACGACAAUGUCGAGCUAGAUUUGCUCAAAGAUCCUCGUUUCGUGAGCACUUUGAUUGGACUUGGUUUCGCUUUUGUAUCUGAUGUGACGUAUUUGGCAAUGGAACCUAUGUUGUUAUUUUCGUAUGGAUAUACAGAGAUGCAAGUGGCUACAUGCGUUAUGAUAGGCGCCGUGGCAGAUCUUCUAGCAAGAUUCGGUCUUGCAGUAUUUACUUAUUUUUACACUGUAGAUAGUAAAACCCUUUUCUUCUACGGUACAUGUAUCACCAUGGUCCUACGAAUAGCGUUGAUAUGUUCAGAUAACCUGAUUUUUGUCACAUCAAUAACAGCAGUGUCAGGUUUGGUCCGGUGCUCAGUGCAAGUGCUGUUUCCCUUAGUUCUGGUGGCAGCAGCACCUGACAGGUUUCCAGCUGCAUUGGCCUUACAUAUAUUAUUUUCUGGAUUUCUGAUGCUUAUAACUGAUCCGUUAAUAGGUGUAAUAUAUGAAACAACUGGCAGCUAUGCGAACUGUUUCAUAGCAAUGAGCUGUUGCUGCUUAGUUUGUGUUAUGAUUUGGACUGUGGACUAUUUUGUCAGUCGGAAACAAGUUUGAAACAAGCUUUAUAAGUGAAUAAGAUUUGAUAAUGGCUGGUCUUUAUCACUGACUGCGCCGUCUGCGUGCAGUUGGCGUGCACCUUGUUCACUGAGCCGAGCUAACAUAGGGCGCUCUCUUGCACAAUUGUAUGGAAGUGAAAAGGACGCACUAUGAUUGUGAUUGGUCAGUGGGUGUAAUUCCCUAAAAAAUGUAAGGUUACAUUUAUAUUGCUCACUACAAAACACCUUAAAGGUUGCUAGCUUUUGCCCGUGCCUUCGCCCGUAAUUGUAAGUUACAGUAAAAAAAACAUCGAAAGGUAGGGAAUAGUCCAGUGCGCAAUCCAUGUCAAUAAUAUAACGAGAAUCGGUCCGAGAAAUGAACAGAAUACAGUCCAGUGACCAAACAAGGGUCAACUUAAAAUCAAAAACUUAGACCUAGAGUAUAAUCACGACACCCACGCCACACCAGAGACAUUUAAGACUGACAUUUUCGACGCAACGUGAACGUGCGUUACGCCCGUUAUCUGCAACCAAUGAAUGAAUGGUUUCU